UAUCUCCAAGAAGUCUCACGAGAAGAAGUCGUUUGGAAAAUGAAUUUUGUAUUGAUAACCAUCGUUACUUUGUCGGUGUUCGUUUUGGUUAAAUCCCAAAAUGCUUACACUGGAAAAUACGACAAUAUCGAUGUUGAUAAGAUCUUAGCUAAUGGAAGGAUACUAAGUAAUUACAUUAAAUGUAUGAUGGAUGAGGGACCAUGCACUAAUGAAGGCAGAGAACUUAAAAAAACUUUACCCGAUGCGCUGGCGAACGGAUGCAAUAAAUGCAACGAAAGGCAAAAGGCUGCCGCCGAAAAAGUUAUCCGACAUUUGAUCAAAAAUAAAAAUAAUGACUGGAAGAGACUGACUAAUAAAUACGAUCCUAAUGGGCAGUAUAGGAAGAAAUAUGAAAGCCAAUAUAAAUCACAGGCUUAAUUUAUUUAAUUAGAGUUAUUAUCUUUUUUAUUGAAUUGAUUUUUUUUAUUUUUCAAAUAUACAUUUCA